AUGGGACUCAUCACUGGACUAGCCCUCUCCCCAGGUGCACCAUCUGUGAUGCAGCAGCCUCGAGUGGAGACAGAUGCCAUCGGGGCCGGUGAGGGGCCGCAGCCGGCAAUGCCCUGGUCAGCCUGGGUCACGCGGCAGGGCUGGGUGCGCUGGUCCAUGUACCAUGUGCCCCAGAGCUGGAUCCAGUGGUGGACCACAUCCAGCUGGCGGCAGCCGCUUCGGCGUGUGCUCUGGGGUCUGGAGGGGAUCCUCUACCUGCUGCUGGCACUGACGCUGUGCCACGCACUCUUCACUACCGGCUCCCACCUGCUGAGCUCCCUGUGGUCCGUGGUGGCCGCAGCAUGGCGCCAUCUGCUGCCCGCCAUCCUGCUGCUGGUGCUCAGUGCCCUCCCAGCCCUGCUCUUCACCAUCUCCUUCCUGCUGCUGUUCUCUACGCUGUUGAGCCUCGUGGGCCUCCUCGUCUCCAUGUCUCACCCAGGCCACGCUCAGGACUUGGACUAA